AUGGAAGCCCUUGACCAUAUGAAUCUAGCAAGUGACAAAAACUUUACUAACUUUCCACCAUUCCUAUGGUAAAGAUAAAAGUUUGUUAAAAAUCCAAUUAAAAAGAUGUUUUAAAAAAAAUAAAUAUUAUAUAGGUUCUCUUAAUAUGAUAUUAAACAUAUAUAUAUAAUUUAGAUUUACAGUUUCCUUUAAAAAUACCCAUACGAAAUCUAAAAAAUAUAAUGCUUCUUAAAUGAAAAUUUAUUUCUACUAGGCUAAAAACAAUUUUUGUUGCCUAUGGAGAGAGAUUAAGCUCCUGAUGCCUGGUGAAAACUUGCUAAUGACGCUUAAAGUUAUUAAAUUCAAUAAGCGCAAUAAAGCUCAGGAAAGAACUGUUGCGAUUACGUCAACUGGUGUCUUGAACUUGAAGAAUAAAAAAAUUCAAAGGAGGAUUGAGCUUACAAGUAUAGGAGGAAUAACGCGCAGCCGAAACGGUGAAGAAUUUAUUUUGCACUGUCCAAAUGAGUACGAUUAUCGAUUUUCUUCGCCUCUCAAAGACCAAGCUGUGCAGACAAUCACCAGAGCUUUUCGAGAAUUAUCAGGAAGAGGACUUCUCAUAUGGGAAACCAACGAGCUGAACUUGAAAGAUCUGGCAACAACAAAAAGUGACAAGAAAAAAGGAGUAACCAGGAUGCCAGCCUCUGAGACUGCAGUUAAUUAUCAGUCUAUCAGUGGGAACGGCGAAGAAAGCAAAGAAAAUAGAGACAGAAGAAGCAGGACAAUCUUCAGAGCCAGCAAUAACAGUGGAGAAGUCUCCAUGAACGAUUUCACCAUUUUGAAAGUUAUUGGAAGAGGCAGCUUUGGGAAAGUCAUGCUUGUCCAAAAGAAAGACACAAAGGAAGUUUACGCAAUGAAAAGCCUAAGAAAAGACGCACUGCUGGAAAGGGAACAAGUCGAGCACACCCGCACUGAGAAGCUCAUCAUGCAGCAUACCAACCAUCCUUUCAUUGUCAAACUGGAGUACGCAUUCACCUCUCCAGACAAAAUCUACUUCGUAAUGGAGUACAUGAGAGGUGGAGAACUUUUCUUCCAUUUAAAAGAAGCAAAAAAACUAGCAGAAGAUAGAGCCAGAUUCUAUGCUGCAGAAAUCGCCCUUGCCUUAGGACAUCUGCACCAGCAAAACAUAGUUUAUCGAGACUUGAAGCCAGAGAACAUCUUGAUGGACGAUCUAGGCAAUGUGCACCUCACAGACUUUGGUAUGGCAAAGAUGCUUGGGGAAGGUGGAACCACACAAAGCUUUGUAGGGACUCCAGAGUAUUUGGCACCAGAAAUCAUCGCUUGCUCUGGGCAUGGGGUUACAGCUGAUUGGUGAAGCUAUGGUAUUUUGCUUUACGAAAUGCUUGUUGGCAUCCCUCCGUUUUACAAUCAGAACAUUCAGCUGAUGUACGAAUUGAUCCAGCACGGCGACCUCAGGUUCCCUCAGCGAAACCCUCUCUCCCCUGCAGCCCAAGAUAUUAUCACCAAGCUCUUAGAAAGAGAGCCUAGAAGAAGACUUGGAGCAAACGGCGUGGAUGAAAUAAAGUCACAUCAAUUUUUCGAAGGAACUGAUUGGAAUUUACUAUAAAUAAAAUGGCAUUAGGUUCGAAUGAAAUUAGCCUCGCUAAUUUUCUCUCCCUCAAGCAAUUUUAUUUAUAGAGUUAGGUUUCUUCUGAGAACUUCUGUACAGCAAUAGCGGUUUAACUCUGGCAGAUAAGCCGAGGCACUGCUCCAAGUACAUCAAGAGGCUCGAAGUUUUACCUCUCAGCACACCGAGAGGAAGGUGACCCUUAGGCGGAACGCGCGCAGAAGCUGAGGGCAACGCAGCCCGUCGAAGCCGGAACGCUUUAUUUGCGUGUGCCCUGGCGCAACAAAGUGGACGGUCCAGAGGUUCAUGGGCCUGACACGUGGACAAAUAUGGUGGCAGCUCUGGAAACGGCUACCCCGUAGUGGACGCUAAACGUUAUAAAUAGUAUAAGAUAAGAAGACUGGAAUUUACUUGAACAAAAAAGGCUCCCUACUCCUUUCACGCCUAAGAUAACAAACCAACUAAGCACUGAGAACUUUGACGAAGAGUUCACCAGCGAAGAACCAGUAAACUCGGUGGUCCCUGAGCAUAGACUGAAACUUGUGAUGCAAAAUCAGGACCAAUUUAGAGACUUUUAA